CUUCUUUCUUUAUUCACUCAAUCUAGUAAAUUUAUAAGGUCUUUAAAUAAUGAUUAUGAUCUACUCAAAUUAAUAAUUUGUUUAAAUUUCGUUUCUGUCAAUCAAUUCAGCCAUCUAUUGUGUCUAAUCAAUUAUUUAAUAAAACUAAAUAUCCACAAAGUCAUACUAACUUCACAUUUACUGUUUGGCAAAGCCUAUCACCUUAAACUUCAGAUUAAGAUGUGAUCUUAUACAGUUUAAUGCACAUCUUAACUCUCCUUGGUCAUUAUGCGUGAUUAUAUUAUUUAUACUUUGCACUAAAAUCAUCUAAAGGCCAAAAAAUGAGUAAAUCCGAGAGAAUGGUACGAAAAUUGAGAGCCCGUGAAAGGCGGCGCUAUACAGAAGAGUUUGGGGAUGAAGAGAUCGAAGGAGCUCGAAUGUUUGAUGUGGAGGAAAAAUUGGUGUCCGAUAAAUUUGACAAGUUAUUUGUCAAAGAGAUGAAAGGUGAAGAGCUUAAUUUAAAGUAUAUUCAAGAGCAUGGAUUUGAUAGCCCAAUUGUUAUAAAAAAUACAAAAGGUCUGGGACUGAAAAUGCCUGACACAAAUUUUACGGUGUCUGAUGUGCGACAAUGUGUUGGCAGUCGUCGAAUUCUGGAUGUAAUGGAUGUAACUACUCAAAAGGAUUUCGAAAUGACCAUGAAAGAAUGGUGUCAAUAUUAUGAAAAUCCGGUUCGGGAUAGACUUCUCAACGUGAUUAGCCUGGAGUUCAGUCACACAAAGCUUGAUUCAAUGGUUGAAUCUCCAACAAUUGUCCGUCAGGUUGACUGGGUUGAUUGGGUUUGGCCAAGACAUCUUAAACUUCAGCAAACUGUUUCCACCAAUUCAAUUGGUGAUAUGAAAUACCCUAAAGUACAAAAAUAUUGUCUCAUGAGUGUCAAAGGCUGCUAUACAGAUUUUCACAUUGAUUUCGGAGGUACUUCAGUUUGGUAUCACAUACUGAAAGGUCAAAAAGUUUUUUGGCUCAUUCCUCCCAGUGAAAGAAACAUUCAACUUUUCGAGCAAUGGGUCCUAUCUGGUAAACAAAGUGAUAUAUUUUUUGGAGAUACUGUUGAACAAUGUGCUCGUAUCAGAUUAUAUGAUGGUUAUACAUUUUUCAUACCAACUGGAUGGAUUCAUGCUGUUUAUACAACCGAAGAUUCGCUUGUUUUUGGUGGAAAUUUUCUACACAGCUUUGCAAUUGAAAAACAACUUCGGAUAGCACAAGUUGAAGAUAUAACUAAAGUUCCUGCAAAAUUUCGUUAUCCAUUUUACCACGAAAUGCUUUGGUAUGUUCUUCAAAGAUAUGUUUAUUGUUUAACUGGUAAAUCACAUUUGACGGUUGAUGUCGAUGGUAAUCCUCUAAGUGAGGGCUCAUCAGCUAACACCAACAAUUUAUCAUUAUAUAGUAAUAGUUUGAUUAAAUCUAAAAAUGGUCAGCAUGCUCAUUUAACAUCUUUUGAGUUGAAUGGAUUGAAAGCUAUUAUAAUGUGGCUUGGUCGAUUAACCGGAAAUAAACGUGCAGUACCAGAACUCAUUCAGAAUCCCGAAGCUCUUUUAAACGAUGCCAAAUUAUUGGUAGAUGACCAUGGAAAUGAUAAUCAUAAAUUGGCUGUUACUGGUCAUCCUUUGUUAUUUUGGAACUAUGGUAGAAAUAAAUCGAAUGUAAAUCCAAUUGAUAAUUUAAGCAGUCAUCUAAAUUCAAGUCUAUCUUUUCCCGCAAUUUCAUCUUCGUCACCUUUUUCAUCGACAUUAAUUUCAAAUUCAUCUUCACCCCUGUCUACAUCGACAUCUUCAUCCUCAUUGCUAUCAUCGUCUCAUACCACAACACCCUCAUCAACUUUACCGACAUCAACUUCUAUUUCAUCUUCAUCGAACCUUUCUAUCACAGCCCAAUUAAGACAGAUUAAAAAUACAUCUUUUACAUCAGCAUUCCACUUAUCAAAAUCAACUUCAACAACUUCUCAAUCAGAAACUUCCACCCGACCUGAAUCUCCUCCGACUCGACCUCUCUCUUCCAAUCAGUACUCUAUAAAUUUAACACAACUUACUAAGCCACUUGAUCAAAUUCCACAAUCAUUUGCCCAAUUAAUUGCAGCUACCGGAGUUGGCAACCAAAAUCGAUUCAAUUCCCCAUCUCUUGUACCAUCAAACAACAAUAAUGUUAAUAAUAAUUUAUUGAUGGGUUUUAAUAACAGCGCGAGUUCAACAUUACCCACUGCAACCAUCUCUAGCACAUCGAUUAAUGUCGUGAAUACUCAAGCCUCGGAAUUAAUUGUCCAAAAACCUAAUACAGACACAUAUGUUGUAGCUAUUGAUUCAUCAGAUUUUUCAAGUGGUGAUAUGUCUAAAGUCGAUCUGGCCGGAGGUAAAAACAAUCCAUUAAAUGACUCGGCUCGCAGACGACGUACUCGCUGUAAGAAAUGUGAAGCUUGUUUAAGAGCUGAUUGUGGUGAUUGCCAUUUUUGUCGAGAUAUGAAAAAAUUUGGCGGUCCAGGGCGGAUGAAACAAUCUUGUAUUGCUCGUCAAUGUUUAGCUCCUGUGCUACCUCACACUGCAUGCUGUAUUAUUUGUGGACGUGAUGGAUGGGAAAAAAUGAUGCCAACCUCAAUCGAUUCAGAGGCUCAAUCAAGUCUUCUCGAGUGUUCAAAAUGCUGGGAAAUUGUCCAUCCAUCUUGUUUGAAGGAAAAAAAUCCUUCUCUCAAUAUUGAAGGUGUUAUGAGUGAUGAGCUUCCCAAUAGUUGGGAAUGUCCUAAAUGUAUUGCUUCCAUCAAAUUUAUGACCAACGCUAUAAAGUUUAACGCCUCUAAUAAACUGACAACAGUAACAACAUCAACAUCGAUAACAGGAACAAGUUCAAAACCAGCCAAUCUUUCCGUCUCUAUUGAGAAACCAUUUAUUCAACAAAAUUCAUCAACCUUGAAAACUCAAGCUCCACCAAGCCAAGAUGUUUAUGAUUUUCAUACCGGUGACGUUUUACCUGAAGCUACAUGUAAAAGGGCUCGUUUUGAUGAAGCAAUGGAACGGAGACAUCUCUUUGAAGAAAAUAAUAAUAGUGUCAAAAACUCGGAAACGACUGAUGAGGAAAGUGAUAGUACAAUUACAAGUAACAGUAAUAGUGCCUCAAAUAAUGGAAGUAUCAGUGGAAAGGAUAAAUUAUCAAUUAUAUCAUCUACACCUUCAUUGACCAAUACUUCAAAGAAAACAAAUGACUCUCAUGUACGAUCGUGUGCUCGUUUCCCACUUUUACAAGAAGCCAUCAAAAAACAGAGUCAAGAAAAGAAAGCCUCAGAAUCUGAAAAGAAAACAUCAUCAAAGUCAUUAUCUGAAUCAUCAUCUACCUCAAAAGGCUCACGGGCCAAUAAAAAGCAUCACCAAAGUGCUCGAGAUCGUCUUUUCAAGAGUCUUAAAGGACUCAAAAAGAAUUCCGAAAUGGUCAGAUAUUCUUCAAAUUACAAUGGAAUGUCAUCAUUAAAUAAAAAACUACCCUUCAAAACCGGAUCACCCUCUAAUGGCAUGAGCUCUUCUGCCUCGAAUGGACCUUCCAAUACUCCAAGUCCUAUAUUAUCUCGAUCAACUGUAGAUUCUCCAGCAUCGACAUCAACUCCACCACCAUCUGGACUGAAAGCCACCAACAGUACAGAUGUUAUCAUGAAAGAAUCCACAAAAGAAUCUGAAGACUUAAAGUACAAAAAAGCUGAUCAAUAUAUGUUUGACGACGAUACUGAUAAUGAAAUUGAAGAGAAGGAAAAUUCAAUGGCAACCUCGGAUGAUGCCAGCUCAAUUAUUGAACAAGAUUUCCGGCCAAAUGAUCCACCCAAGAUUGUUGUGGGAACCAAAAGUGAUGGUGAAAAUUUAAUCAAACCAAAAUACGUUGUUAGACCAGCACCAUUACCGGAAGAUUUAUCGGAUGAUGAUGAAACCGAGGAAGGGACUGAUGUGGAUGAUACAAGUGAAGAUGAAAGUGAACGGUCUAAAGUAAAGAAAAAAUUUGUCAAAAAAUUAAAUCGUAAAGUCCAAGGUGAUCUGAACAUCGCUCGAGAAGUUAUCUUACCAGUUUUCAGGUAUUUACCCUUAACUGAUCUCAUGAAUUGCAUGUAUGUUUGCCGAAAAUGGAAUACUUGGUCAAUGGAUCCCGUUCUUUGGAAAUUUCUUGACUUAACUCGUAAAAAGAUCACUUAUUUUGCUUUAAUUGGAAUUGUUCGCCGUCAACCUUUACAUCUCAACCUUUCUUGGACUAAUAUUUCAAAACGACAAUUAGCUUGGCUGAUGGCGCGUCUUCCGCAACUGCAAACCCUCAAUUUAACCGGAUCAUCAGCUGCAUCAAUUUCAGCUCUUUGUUCCUGUAACUGUCCACUUUUACGGAAAAUCGAUCUUUCUUGGGUUGAUUCGCUUAAUGAUAAUCUUAUAAAAGAUCUUCUCUCAUAUCCAAGUGACUCAAGACCAGGUCUUCUGGAGACCAAAACUCGAUUACGCCUUUUAACUGAUAUUUCAGUCGCUGGCUCAGAUAUUAGUGACGUUUCUAUCCGAUUGCUGUGCAAUCAUUUGCCCCAACUCACUCGAAUCGAUUUAAGUAACUGUCAAAAGGUGACAGACAUGGGAGUUGGAUUUCUAGGAGCGUCAAAAGCGUCCAAGCUUGUAGCUUUGAACCUUUCUUCGUGUUCAAAUAUUUCUGAUGCAAGUUUGGACGCUCUUAAAAGAUGCACAAAUAUUGUACAUCUUGAUGUUCGUGACUGUAGUCAAGUAUCCACAAUUGCUUGUCAAAAAUUUAUUGCCACUUCAUCCUCUAAAACAAGGCUAAUGAUGAAACAAACGAAGCUCAUAGUUGCUCGUAAUCAACGUAAUCCACUUUAAUUUAUUGGUAUAAUUUUGAAAUUAUAUUUAAAUCAACUCUUUAUCUGAAAUUACUUUCUUAUAUUUACAGCUGUAUUUAAAUAAGCGAUCUCAAAAUGAAUUGAAUAUAAUUUUUCUUUGUAAUCCUCUUCUCUUUUUUUUGAUUAAAUUCAAAAGCUUGAUUGUAAAUCAUUCAAUUUGUACAUCAUGAAUAUAUUUAGGUAGAUAGUGUACCUCAUUACCCAAACAAAUAGUUAAUACAUUAAACAUUUAUU